AUGUGCGACAAGCGUCUGUGCGCUUGUGAAAAGAAGCAGAAGGCGUCGACGAUGCCUGGCUUCAUGAGUACAAGCGACGAGAGAGUGAAGGCCCUCGAGGAGGCCUACGCCGAGUACACGAAGAUCGAUAGCGCGUCUCUGUUGAAGAAACACUUGAGCCAGGCGGUCUUCGAUAACUUGAAGACGCGCGUGACCAGCAACGGAUCCACUCUGAUGGACGUGAUUCAGUCGGGUUUGAGGAAUCCGGAUUCCCACGUAGGUAUUUACGCAGCCGAUCAACAGGCCUACGACGUCUUCAAGGAGCUCUUCGACCCAGUGAUCGAGGAAUAUCACGUUAAUUUCGCCCAUGACGACGUUCACCCCGAGCUGGACUGGGGAACGCCCGAAGAGCUCGGUGAUCUCGAUCCCGAUGGAAAGUACGUGAUCUCGACGAGGAUUCGUUGCGCCAGGUCGAUCGAGGGAUAUCCGUUGAAUCCCACCAUGACUGAGGCUCACUAUAUAGACCUGGAGAGAAAGGUGCAAGAGGCCUUAACUUCGUUAGAAGACGAACUGAAAGGGACUUAUCACGCGCUCGCCACGAUGGAUAAAGAGACACAGCAGCAGCUCAUAGACGAUCAUUUUCUCUUCAAAGAGGGCGAUCGAUUCCUCGAGGCGGCCAACUCCAAUAGGUUCUGGCCAGCUGGCAGAGGAAUAUAUUUUAACGAGGCGAAAACUUUUCUCGUCUGGUGCAACGAGGAGGAUCACAUGCGUCUGAUAUCGAUGGAAAAGGGUGGGAACCUGUCGUCCGUGUACGCGAGGCUUGUUAAAGCGGUUACCGAAGUCGGGAAGAAACUGAAAUUCUCGCGUCACCGAAGACUCGGCUACCUCACCUUCUGUCCCACAAACCUGGGAACGACCAUCCGAGCCUCGGUUCACAUUCGCCUGCCGAAACUCAGCGCCGAUUUUCCGAAAUUCGAGGAAAUCGCGACCAUGUACAACCUGCAGAUUCGAGGCACCAGGGGCGAGCACACCGAGAGCGAGGAAGGGGUGUACGAUAUCAGCAACAAACGACGGCUGGGUCUGACCGAGCGAGAAGUGGUUUUCGAGAUGAGGAACGGUGUACUCGAGCUGAUCAAACAAGAGAAACAACUGGAGGAGAGGGAGUCGUAAUGCGCAGCGCCGUUUUCAAGUGGCUCGCAGCGUCGAACCGCGAAGUGUUUCAUCGAUUACCGCUCGUUUCGAUACCAUUGUUCUUGUAAUUCUUUCUAUAAUCGAAAUAUCUGAAAGUUUUAUCGCUCAACGUUUCCGUCGCGCCGUCAACAUGCCGCCGUUACGGCCAAGCGAGGCGAAGCGCCGGUUGUUUCGAAGCGAACUUAUCGACAAGUUAGAAGUUAGACCGAUGCUCGAAACGUCUGCCGCAUUAUCUCUCUCGGAUUCGGUCCGAGGAAAUAUCAAUUUGUUAUUGUUCCACCUGGAUAUUGUUGUUAUGGAGUUUCGCCCUCUUCGUCGGGGCAUUAUACGCUGAAAAUGAUUGUAUUACCCGAACGUUGCCGCGCGGUGCGAAAUAACCGAGCGGGUUUGAUAAAUUUUGUAUAACUGGUAAAUAAAUAUGAUUAUUAUUAGGUGUGGUGAAUCG